AUGGAUGUGGAAAUCAAGAUAAAGGAAGAUAUGAAAUCGCUUGGCUGCGAAUCUGACAUGAAGAUUUCGCUCGCUUACCAACUUUACAUCCAUCUGGUUGACGAAAAAUUAAUGUACGACACUGAAUAUUGUUAUAACAAGGAUGUGGACACAUUAUACGUCGUUGCGAGACCGAGGAAGAAUGAAAAACUCAACAUUUACGUACCUAUUCGUACUUACGAUGAUAUAAGUUUGGAUUUCAUCAAUACAAUGCAAGAAAAUUUGUGUACAGUUGAGUCAGGACCGUCAAUCAAUUUGGCUUUUAUUGAAGGUGAUUCCACCAUAGUAAUCUAUUCUUUUACUAAAGGACUUGUUGAAAGGCCAUCAGCAGAGAAGAUUAGUGAGAAUCGUAAAAAGGAAGAACGGAGAAGUUUUAUCAACAGUGAGUUGGUGAGGCAUAGGAGUGAGAUAUUGCAUGAUGCAUUGAAUGGAGGAGUAAUAGAUGAUGACGACUGCCUUGUCCUGGAUUGAAGGGGUUUCAGAAAAUUCGUGUGAUUUUUUAAUGCAUCAGCCAUAAAUUAAGAUGGUUAUAUUAUGUGUCUUAUGGAAACUAAAGAUGGCAACAUUAAAAGUAUAUAAAUAAAGUAUUGAUAACUGGCACAUAAAACCACAAUGUAAAAGUAAAAGAAAUAUGUAAGUUUGGAUCGUAAUACAAUAAGGCAUAGAAGAUAAAUAAGAUGUUAUGGGAAAUGGCUUAUAAAAAAAAAUCUUUAAAAAAUAUUUUUAAAAGUGCUUAGCAGUCCCAUGUGUGCCAAAGAAUAUGGCUUCAAAAUAUGACUAGAGCAGGUGAACUGAUUGAAUCCAACAUGAUAAUAAACCUAGAUAUAGAAAUGACAUAUUCUUUUAAUAAUAAACAGUAGAUUAAUUAUUAACAGUAAUAGCACAGGGCAGUAGUGUCCUCAAAUUUACAAAAUGAUUAAAAGACAGAAUGCAGACUUGAAUAUUUGAUAUCCACAAUGUAAUAUAAAUAAAUGUAUAAAUGGUACCAUACCUGUGAUGGGGAAGAAAUCAUAUUGACAAAGUCUUUUCUACUUGGUGGCGUUAGAGGCAAGCCUACAUAGCACUGGCUUGAUGUUGUCAAGGAUGUUAUGGAUACCUACCAUAAGUUUGAUAACUAAAACUGCCCAAGACUAUGAAAUGUGGAGAAGUACUUCAACUCUAUGGCUAAUGAGAGGUGGAGAUGUUAGAAAGCCAAACAAAGAAGACUGUGCAAAGUGUAGUACAGCGGAGAAGAAACAGUAUACAAGCACAUCCUGAGCUUUGUAGCUGAGAAACUCAGAAAGUGUUUACGAAUGGAGGAAUGAUAUUAAAAAGUGAAUAGUGAUGACUGUAUGUUCUUAAGUUUAAUUAGAACAAGCAGUGAAUUGUUUCACUUUGUACUACUCCCUCAUCUUAUCAGUUUGAUUAAUCACCACUGUUUGACAAAAAUGUACUAAUUUUCUUUCACUUGUGUAAUUAAAGACAUAUUUUCUUAUGAGAUAGUAAUGUUAAAUAGUCACUCACUUGGCUUGCUCUAAUAUACCUAAAAAUGUAUGUUCUUAUUAUUUGCCAAUGUUAAAAACUAAAGGGCUGGAAAUUUUGUAAAAUAUUUGGAAUAAACAUUUAAUUAAUAUA